AUGCAACGUGAAGAAGACCUCAACAAUUCAACUUCUAACGUCCCACUGGCUGAGAUUUUACCGAAAGAAGAGAGUGAAAUCAAAGAUGAUGAAUCUCAACAUUCUUCUGAAGGUGAAGGUGAUGACGCUAUGCAAGACUCAUCUGAAGAAGAUGAUGAAGAUGACGAUGAAGAAGCCAUUCAAAAAGUCCGUGAAGGAUUUAUUGUGGAUGACGAUGAAGAAGAUGAAGGAAUUUCCCAUAAGAAAAAGAGAAAACAUAAAAGAAAAGCCAAAACUACCAUUGAUGAUGCUUUAGAUGAAGAUGAUUUAGAAUUAUUAAUGGAAAAUUCUGGUCAUAGACCAACAUCAUCAGAAUCUGGACAAUUCAAACGUCUUAAAAGAGCUCAAGAAUCAGAAGAAUCAGAUGUUCCUACAAGUAAAAAAGGUAGAUUAGACGAUUUCUUUUCUGAUGAUGAUGAUAAUGAACAAGAAGGAGAAAAUGAUGAAGAUAAUCAACAACAAAAUGAAAGAAGAAUUCCUGAUGAUAGAAAUAUCUUGGAUGAAUUUGAAGAUUUCAUUGAAGAUGAUGAAUUCUCUGAUGAAGAUGAAGCUAAAAGAGAAAAAGCUAAAAGAGAACGUCAAAGAAUAAGUAAAGGUCCAAGAUUAGAUACUUCUAAAUUAUCAUCUGUAGAUAGAGAAAGUUUACAACAAUUAUUUGAAGUUUUCGGUAAUGGAGCAGAAUAUGAAUGGGCAUUAGAUGCUCAAGAAAUUGAAGAUGAAGGAAAUGCCGAAAAUCUUGAACCAACAGCUUUAGAAGAAGUUUUCGAACAUGCUGAAUUAAAAGAACGUAUGUUAACAGAAGAAGAUAAUUUAAUCAGAAUCAUUGAUGUUCCAGAAAGAUAUCAAAAAUAUCGUAAUAAUUUAAAUUAUAUUGAUCUUAAUGAUUCAGAAUUAGAAAAUGAAAAAUCUUGGAUUGGUGAUUUAUUAUAUUUGGAAAAAUCAUCUAAAAUCAGACCAGAUUUAAUUCCUCAAUUUAAAGAAGCUGUUGGUAAAGCAGUUGAGUUCAUAUCCAAAGAGAACUAUGAAGUUCCAUUUAUAUGGACUCAUCGUCGUGAUUUCCUUUUAUAUGCGGAACAAAUUGAAGAUGCUAAUGGUACAAAUGAAAUUGUUCAUAGAUUAUUAGAUGAAGAUGAUUUAUGGAGAAUCAUUAAAUUAGAUAUUGAAUAUCAUUCAUUAUAUGAAAAGAGAUUAAAUGUUGAAAAAUUAGUUGAAGAAUUAAAUGUUGAUGAUGAUUUAUUAAAAGAUUUCUCAUCAUUAGAUUCAAUGGUUGCUAUUCAAGAUUUACAAGAUUAUAUUCAAUUUACUUAUUCUAAAGAAAUUAGAGAUUUAGCCACUAAGAAACAUCAACAACAACAAGAACCAAUUCAAAAUAAUGAAGAAGAUGAUGAUGAAAAUGAUGAAAAUAAUGACCUCAAACCUUCCGCUAAUGAUUUAGCCAAAUUAGUUAAGAAAAAUUCCAAAUUUUCUAUUUAUGAAAGAAUUAAAGAAAAUGUUCUUUUUGAUGCUGUUGAAGCUUAUGGUAUCACUGCUAAACAAUUUGGUGAAAAUGUUCAAGAUCAAAGUUCUAAAAAUUUCCAAGCAUCAUUCAGAAUUCAUGCCACUGAUGAUCCAUUUGAAAGUCCUAAUGAAAUCAUUGAGAAAUUAAUUGAUGAUGAAGAAGUUCUUUUCAAAGAUUACAAAAAUGCUCAAGGUGCUGUUAGAAAGUUCUAUUCAGAAUCAAUAUUCCAUAAUCCAAAGAUCAGACAAGAAGUUAGAAAUACUUUUAAGAAUUUUGCUUCAGUAAGUGUAGCUAUAACCGAAAAGGGAAGAUCAGUUAUUGAUAAUCAUAGUGCUUAUGCUGAUAUCAAAUAUGCUAUAAAUAGAUCACCUGCAGAUUUGGUAAGAAAUCCUGAUACUUUAUUAAGAAUGUUAGAAGCCGAAGCUCAAGGAUUAUUAGUUAUUAAAAUAUCAACUAAAGAUUAUGAAAAAUGGUUCCAAAGUAUUUUUGCAUGUCUUAAAUCUGAUGGAUUAUCAGAUAUUUCCGAAAAAUGGAAUAAAGAAAGGGAAUUUGUGUUAAGAAUGUCUUUCGCCAAGUUAACUACAAUGAUUGGUUUAAAUACUAAAGAAGAUUUAAGAUCAGAAUGUCAAAGAUUAUUAGCUAAUGAUUUAAGAAAGAAAUUUUUGAAUAAAAUCGAUCAAGCACCAUUUACUCCAUUUGGUUAUGAUAAAGGUACCAAACCAACUGUUUUAGCAUUAUCAUUUGGUAAAGGAGAUCGUGAUAAUGCUGUUGUUGGAUCUUAUGUUAGAGAUAAUGGUAAAGUAUCAGAAUUCUUUAAAUCUGAUCAUAAUCCUAUUACUGAUAGAGAAAGUGAAGAUUUAUUCCAAGGUCAAUUAAAAGCUUUUAUUGAUAGAAGUCUUAAUGGGAAAUCUCCUGACGUUAUAGUAGUAAGUGGUUAUAAUGCUCAUACCAAGAAAUUAUUUGAUAUUAUCAACUCCUUUGUUCAAAUGUAUAGAAUUCAAGUUGAUGUUGAUGAUUUGAAAAAUGAUGUUCAAGAUCCUCCAUUGGUAAGAGUUAUUUAUGGACCUGAUGAAACUGCUAGAUUAUAUCAAAAUUCUCAAAGAGCCAAAAUUGAAUUCAGUGAUAAAGCUACUUUAGUUAAAUAUUGUAUUGGUUUAGCUCGUUAUGUUCAAAAUCCAAUAGUUGAAUAUGUUGCUUUAGGGGAUGAUAUUUUAUCAUUAACAUUUUCUGAAUUCCAAAAAUUAUUACCUAAUGAUUUAAUUUUAGAAACUUUCGAAACUUGUUUUGUUGAUAUCGUUAACAUGUUGGGAGUUGAAAUCAAUGAAGCUGUUAGAGAUGAAAGUAUUGGGAAAUUAUUACCUUUUGUUUCAGGUUUAGGACCUCGUAAAGCUUCAGGAUUAAUACGUAACAUUAAUUCCAAAUUAGGUUCAUCUUUAGCUACCAGAAGUGAAUUGAUUGAACAUGAAUUAUCAACAGCUAACAUUUUCCUCAAUUGUUCAUCAUUCCUUUAUAUUCCUUAUGAUGAGAAUAUUUCUGCUAAUGAUGGAUCAGUUGAAUUAUUGGAUGCUACCAGAAUUCAUCCUGAAGAUUAUGAUUUAGCUCGUAAAAUGGCUGCUGAUGCUUUAGAUCUUGAUGAAGAAGAUAUUGGUAGUAUUGAAGAACAAGGUGGAAUAAUUUAUCAAUUAAUGCAAGAUGGUGUUAAUAAAGUUGAUGAUUUGAAUUUAAAUGCUUAUGGUAAAGAAUUAGAAACUAAAUUCGGUAAAAAGAAAUAUGCUACUUUACAAAGUAUUAAAGAAGAAUUAGUUAAUAAUUAUGAAGAAUUAAGAAGAUCUUUCCAUGUUUUAGAUGUUCAAGAAACUUUUGAAAUGUUAUCAGGAGAAUCUACUAAAACUUUUGGUAGAAAUACCAUAGUACCAGUAACGGUUACAAGAGUUGGUAGAAAUCUUAAUGAUUUGAAUAAUAUGAAUGCUUCAACCAUUAAAUAUCUUAAAGUUACAACAUCUUCAUUAAUUCAAGGUAAUAUUGAAGAAUCUUUAAUUCCAAGAAAUGCCACUAUAAUUCAAGGUCAAGUUUUACAAGCUGUUGUUUUAGAAGUCCAAUAUGAACAAUUUUCUGCUACUUUUUCAAUUAUGGAACAAGAUAUUAGAAGAGCCUUACAACCAAAAGUUCAUAAAGAUGGUAGUAAAUGGGAUUUAGAAGCUGAAGAAAAUGAUAGACAAAAGGAAUUGUUUAAAGAAAAGGAAGCCAAUGCAAAAUCAAGAAAUUUCCAACAUCCUUUAUUCCAUAAUUUCAAUCAUAAACAAGCAGAAGAAUUCUUAGCUCCUAAGAGUUUAGGUGAUUGUGUUUUACGUCCUUCAUCAAAAGGUCCAGAAUAUUUAACUGUUACCUGGAAAGUAGCUACUAAUUUAUUCCAACAUCUUAUUAUUGAAGAAAAAGUUAUUGGUAGAAGAAAGAAAUUCUUAGUUGAAGGUAAAUCAUAUGAUGAUUUGGAUGAAUUAAUUGUCCAACAUGUUCAAGUAAUUGCUGCCAAAGUUAGAGAAAUGGUCCGUCAUCCAAAAUUCCGUGAAGGUGCUUUAACUGAAGUACAAGAAUGGUUACAUUCCUAUACUAAAGCUAAUCCUAAAACUAGUGCUUAUAUAUUUUGUUAUGAUCACAGAGCUCCAGGUUGGUUCUUAUUAUUAUUUAAAGUUAAUGUUAAUACUCCUAUUUCAACCUGGCAUGUUAAAACCGGGGUUGAUGGUUAUCAAUUAAAAGGAUUUGAUUAUCCAAAUAUGCUUCGUUUAUGUAAUGGGUUUAAACAACUUUAUAAAACUCAAACAAGAAAGGCCGCCGAUACUGCUAGAAAUGGUGGUCAACAAGUCAAUAAUAUGGCUUAUAGUAAUUAUGGUUACUAG